CUGAGUCCGAGUUCUGAAUCUUGAGUGCUGAAAUCCAGUUUAUUAGAACACAGGUCAUCACUUCUCCUGCGUAAACCUCCAGAAUGCCUCUGCAGUUUGAGCUGUGUCCCGGCAGGAUGAUCGGGGGCUCCCAUCCCUGCUUCUUCAUAGCUGAGAUCGGACAAAACCACCAGGGAGACAUUGAGAUUGCAAAGAAAAUGAUCAAGAUGGUGAAGGAUUGUGGUGCCGACUGUGCUAAAUUCCAGAAAUGUAAUUUGAAUCAGAAAUUCAACAAGAAAGCCUUGGACCGCAUCUAUGACUCAAAGCACUCCUGGGGAAAAACCUACGGGGAACACAAGCAUCACUUGGAGUUCAGCGACAAACAGUUCAGGGAGCUGCAGAAGUAUGCAGAAGAAAUUGGCAUCUUCUUCUCAGCCUCUGCCACGGAUGAGAUGUCUAUGGAGUUCCUGCAUGAGCUCAAUGUGCCUUUCUUCAAAGUUGCUUCCUUGGAUACAAACAACAUCCCCUUUCUGGUGAAAACUGCCAAAAAAGGACGUCCCAUGGUGGUGUCCAGUGGGAUGCAGUCCAUGGAGAUUAUUCGUUGCGUCUACAAGACAUUGAAGGAGCAUAACACAAACUUCUCCCUUCUGCAGUGCACCAGCUGCUACCCUCUGGACCCUAAAGACGUCAACCUCAGUGUGAUCCCGGAAUACCAGAGGGAAUUUCCAGAUGUUCCCAUUGGAUAUUCAGGACAUGAGCAGGGGAUCUACAUCACUUUGGCCUCAGUCGCGAUGGGAGCAAAGGUCGUGGAGCGCCACGUGACCCUGGAUAAGAGCUUGAAGGGAAAUGACCACCAGGCGUCCCUGGACCCCUCAGAGCUGACAGAGCUGAUCCGAGCCAUUCGACUGGUGGAGAUGGGGAUGGGGUCACCCACCAAGCAAAUGUUACCCUGUGAGAAGACCUGCCACGAUAAGUUGGGUAAGUCUUUGGUGGCCAAGGUGGCCAUCUGCAAAGGCACCGCACUGAGCCUGGACAUGUUUAUGGUGAAGGUCGCCGAGCCAAAGGGCAUCUCCCCUGAGACCAUGGAGCAGCUGGUGGGCAAGAAGCUCAACGUGGACGUGAAGGAGGACGACAGCAUCUUGGCGAACAUGAUAGAGUAAGGGAUCCACAGGAUCUGGUUGAGGGAGAAAGAGGCAGACAGACAAAAAGAGAAACAGAAAGAUAGAGCAAGGUGGAUGAGAAGACGUGUUGUGUGUCUAUAGGAAGAGAUACAGUCAAUUGAGAGAUUCAGAGGAAAGAAGAGAGACAGACAAAGGGAGGAUCAUGUCUGAGUGAAGGAGAAAGACAAGAGGUUGGAUAGAGAGAGAGAGAAGGCCAGCUAGAGAAAAGUAAAAAAAACACAGAGGGUGAACAGAUCGGAUAUUAAAGUUACCACAUGAUGGUGAUAGCUGAACCAAAGAGGGUGUGACUGUGAGAUGUGUAAACAAGCAGACAGUAAUUAAAGCAGACAGUAAUUAAAGGGUGUACUACUAUUUAACCGAAGUUCAAAUAUUUUCUCCACCAGCACUGUCAAGAAUUGAGAAAUCCACCAUGUCAGUAUUUCUCAUAUGUGGUGUGAACAUCAUCUGUACAUUCAAUGAUCUGUCCCUGCCCGCAGCUGUACAUCUUAAAAAAAACAUGAGGUGAGGUUAUAUAUAGAAUGAGAGUAUAAAGGCUUCACUUUAAUCAUAUGCAGUGGCUAUAUAUAUCUAUACUGUGUUUGUGGAGGAUAUUAAAGAUUAAUGGUGUUGGGAUUUUCUUGCAACUUAACUUAGUUUCCAUAGAUGGAUGUGAUCCUUCAAUAGUAAUCAGUUCUUCUGCUUCUACUGUUAAUCUUGCAAAUAAAAAUACAUAUUGAAAAUAAAAAUGUUCCUGCAGAUAAAAUAAAUACUGCAAAAAAAGAUAGCUCUUGCAAAUAAAAAUGAUUCUGCUAAUAAAAAUAUAUCUUGCAAAUAGAAAUGCUUCUGCAAAUAAAAAUACGCAUUGCAAAUAGAAAUGGUCUUGGGAAUAAAGAUGCAUAUUGCAAAUAAAAACAAAUAUUGCAAAUAAAAUGGUGUUGCAAAUUAAAAAUA